AUGCAGUCGGAGGUCUCGCAGACUUCAGCAAUUAUCCCUAAUUCUUGCCAAUGGAAUAUCAAAAACCUCAAGGGGGAUUCGUACCUCAUACAAGCGGCAUGGCCGCUGGCGUGGGACACGAGCACCAAGAAAGGAGACAAAGUUCCAGUCUUCUAUGUCCUUGACGGCAAUGCAUACUUUUUCGGUACGGUAGAGGCUGUGCGUAGGAAUGGAGUGCUGCCAGGAGGCAAAGAUGGAAUAGUCAUCGGAAUUGGAUAUCCCCAAUCCAAAUUUCCCUUCGAUGCGAGAAGGAACGUUGACUUGACGCCACCUUCGCCUCAUUACACAGCUCCUUCAAGUCCAGACGGGAAGAUUUUUAUGGGCGAGCAUGGUGGAGCUACAAAAUUCAUCGAGUUUCUCGUGAACACUGUCCGUGAGUUCCUGUUCGCGGGACCGUUCUCUCGCCAGGCUGUGUCCACGGAAACGCUAGUUGGCCACUCCUACGGUGGCCUCUGUACACUGCACGCGUUAUUCACCAGGUCUACUCCCUUCCACGCCUUUGUCGCUGUCAGCCCUUCUAUUUGGUGGAACAACCGGUUCUUAUUGUCUGAGCAAGAGAGCUUCCUCAGCGACAGCGUGGACACGAGUGCGGAUAAAGAUCGGCCCAGGCCCUCGUUGUUCUUAUCUUACGGAUCAUAUGAACAAGCUCCUCGCCGUCUGCCAACCUGGACAGACGAUGAGUACCGAACACAAACUGAUUGGUUUCAGCAAAAAGCGCUUGGCGAGAACGCGGGAAGAAUGUAUGGUGAACUCAAGACAUCUCACCAUUUUGAGGAAGUGCGCUUGAAAGUCUACCAAGAUGAAGACCACCUCAGUGUUGCGAUGUGUGGGAUCAAUUGGGCCAUCUCGUGCAUCGUAGACCGGGCGCGAUUUGAAUAG